ACUUCAUAGCUUUGUGUCACUAAGAGGAAAUGCAGCGGGACUACAGUGCCCAGUCAAAGACAAUGUCAUGUUCAAAAACUCAAGAAAAGCGUCACUAUGGACUCAGUGCCUGAACUCCUUUGUUGGGACUUAAUUCUAAUUGUCACUGGACAGAAGUGAAAUAUCUUUAUCUAUGGCAAGUCUGGAAAGAAAUAAGAAAAUCCUGCUUGAUCUGGUGAAACAGCCUGGUAACAACUUGUGCGCAGAUUGUGGAGCACCUGAACCUGAUUGGGCCUCAUAUACCCUGGGCAUUUUCGUGUGCCUUAACUGCUCAGGCACACAUCGGGAUUUGCCUGCUGUCAGCAAAGUAAAGUCUAUCCGUCUAGAUUUCUGGGAGGAUUCACUGGUGGAGUUCAUGAGGGAGAGCGGGAAUUCUGCUGCCAAGGCCUUUUAUGAAAAGUUUGUUCCUGCCUUUUUCUACCGACCACAGCAAAAAGACUGCAUCGUUCUUAAAGAUCAAUGGAUCCGUGCUAAAUAUGAGAGACAGGAAUUCACAGGGGAGAACAACUUACUUCAGCAAACUUAUAAUUCAGAUCCAUUUGAGUCAACUCUAUGGAAGAAGGGCAAGGACAACAAGCAGUUCCUGAAGAGGACCUUCCAGCUGUCCCAGAAAGACUUCACACUCAGAUACUUUGUUAGAGAGGAUUCCAAGUCUCCAAAAGCUGUCAUCUCCAUGAAGGAUCUGAGUGCAGUUUUCCAACCAGAGAAGAUAGGUCAUGCUCAUGGUCUACAGAUCUCCUACUUGCAGGAGGAACGUACUAGGAAUUUGUUUCUUUACCAUCAGAACGGGCAGGUGAUUGUAUCCUGGUUCAAUGUUAUUCGUAAAACACGGUUGGCGUAUCUGCGGAAGAGACAUCCGGCUGCUCAAGACAGUGAUCUCAUAUCUCAGAUCAGUAAAGUUUACCUAAAGGAAGGCUACAUGGAGAAAACUGGUCCGAUGCAAUGGGAGCCAUUCAAGAAAAGGUGGUUCACCCUGAGCUCAAUGGACAGGAAGCUUCUCUACUUUAAAACUCCACUGGAUGCUACAGAGCUGGGUGCUGUCUUCAUUGGCACAGAGAGCCAUAACUACUCUGUUGCUGAUGGCUCACCCAGUGGCACAAGAGGUGGGAGGGGGCAUUUUGGCAUCACCUUACAGACGCCAGGCAGGCAGUUUGUAUUUAUGUGUGAGCAGGAGCAGGACCAAAAAGAGUGGCUAGAGGCUUUCAAACAGGUCAUCUCUCAACCUAUGACCCCACAAGACUAUGCAAUGCAUACCUCCACCUCUCCAGGCUCUCCUCAACCCUGCACCCUACUCUCACUACAGAUCACAAUGUCACCCACAAACAUCAUAGUCCAUGGAGACUCCUGCCUGAUAUCGUCUGGCAACCUGUCCAUCACCAUUGCUAACAAGAAAGGGUUCAGAGCCGAUCCUUGAUCUGAAGCCAGCUGGAGGAGAGGGAAAUGACUGCGGACAGCUUUAAGAGAAGAAACUGGUUUGUGGGAAUUCAGGAUGUGAUAUAAGGAGAAAGCAUCCUUUUUGAAUACUAUUCAACAACAAUGUUUGACUAGUGAUUUCAUCGUUUUUGAUUAAAAAAAACAAUAACUGCAUAAACAGUUACAUUUACAACAACACCACUGAUCAUUUUAAAUUACUCUAAUUUAUUAACUACAGCACUUUGCAUUUUACUUUGUCUGUAUCUGGCAGGAUCCAGAUCCUUGUCCAAGCCCAAGGUGUUCAUAACAGGCUUCAUGCACAUUAUUUUAUUUUGACUUCAUUAUAUUGAUGCUGUACAUUUGCCAUGGCAAUUCAUACUGAAAAAGAAAGAUUUGUAUUUGAUUUUUUUUGCCUUAGUAACAUUUUUUACUUAAUCAAUUCCAAUUAUAUUUUAUCUUUGAAAUAAAUUCUUGGCCUAGAUGGAUACAAAAUCUCCAUAUUUCUGCAUUUGAAGUCUUAUUUUCCUCUUCACUUGAAGAAAUCAUCAAGAGUUACCUGUUACCUAAGGGUCCCUAAUGCAAAGAAUAUAUUUCAAAGGAGGAGAGACUGGAAAGGGGUUGGAUUCUUUCAGAUAUUGUCAGAGAUAUUCAUGAUUAUAAAAUGUGAUGAAUCCAAAAUACUAUACGCAAAAAUUAGAAUGGUUAAAUUUUGAGAAGUCACGAACAAAUAAAAUUCAAAUACACAAAGAGGAAUAAAGGUGCUGGUGUGAUGCUGACAGCCCAGAAACUGUAACUACUAACCAACCGUGAUUAGAUAGCUGGGUUAUCUUAUUCAUACAGCUAAUAUGAUUUGUAAAAUGGAAUUAUGCUGCUAAGUUUUUAUCAUGUAUUUUGUGUCAAGGCUGUUGUCUCAGAUUAUAUUGGAAUUUUAUAUCUCUUAUAAUGUAAAACGCAAUAGUGUUCACCUGUCGUUUGACAUUUUAUUUCAAAUCACUCCAUAAGAUGGCUAUGAAUGAGAGUGACGUCAUGUAUCAAUAGCCUUUAUUAGCAAAUGGAUAAUUGCAUGGGGAUACCUGUUAACGAUGUUUGUAUAAAAAAAUGGAGAACAUAAGCUGUAACCAAAUGCUUUAUACCAAGGUAAAGAAAUGACUUUAUUGCAAAUGAAUAAAUAAAACAAAAUAAAAUAAAAUUCU